AUGACUGAUACAAAUAUUGAUCCUUCGAUUGAAUCUUUUAAUCCAUUACGACAAACUUUUCGAAGUAAAAGUGCUGUUCCCGGAUAUCGUACUAAAGUUCAUAAUAAAUAUUAUGAAUAUUUAAAAAAAUUACAAGAAAAAAAUAAAUUAAUUAAAGAAUAUAAUGAUCAACAUAAAACAAAUGAUGAUUAUUUAAAACAACGUGAAAAUGGCUUUCAAUUAUAUGUAAAUGGAGUUCAUAGCGCACCACCUCGACGACCACCAUCUGUUCUACGUAAAAGACUUGAGAAUUCCUCUAAUCGAAUUCAAACUCCGGCACCGUUUUUUUUCAAUUUGUCAUCUCCGACUUUAUCAAAAACACCUAAACGAUCGAAUUCUCAUCGUCGUCAAUGGACAUCAACAACAGAAACAAAAAUUAAAACUGAACAAGGUUCUAUUACAACUGAUAUUAAUUCUCAAAUGUUACAUAAGAAAAAAUCACUACAUGCAAAUGAUCAAAUGAUUGAAUUUGAUCAAAAUCAAAUACAAUCAAAUGUUGUAAAUAAUCAUAUCACUUAUCGUUUAAUGACACCAGUAAAUGUUGAUCAAAGUUGGAUGCCAAAUUGGUUUAGAAAUACUCAAUUACAAAUGAAAUCAGAUGAAGAUAAUUCUGAUUCUGAUCAAAGUCUUUCUUUAUCUCUUGAUGACAUAUCAACAACAGUUCAUUUAACUAAAUCUCAACAACAAACAUAUCGUUUAUCGACAACGGUAGGAGCACGACUUGCUGGAGGAGAUUUAAUGAAGAAUAGUAGUACCCAUGCAAAUAAUCAACAAUUAUUUAUGGGUGGAACAGCAAAAACUGUUGAUAGUCUUGAUCUUGAAAAUUUUUUACAACCAAAAGAAGUUCAUAUUGGUUCUGAGAUAAAAGAUCAAAGAUCAUCUCAACCACAACAAGCAUCAAAUAAACGAAAUCUUUUUCGAGAUAAUAGUUCUAAUGAUCGUCAAGCAGAUUGGCUUGAAAGAUCAAUAACACAAAUUGAUCUAUUCAGUCGACGACAUCGUGGAAUGGUUGAAAAUGAACAAGCUGAUGAAUAUCUUCCAAGUGGAACUUCCAAAACUGAAAAUGAAAAUGAUGAAGAACAAUUUUCAAUACCUGAAUUACCUAAUGGAGAACAAUUAGUUUUAAAUUUAAAAACAACAUGGGGCGAUCGUCAUUAUAUUGGUUUAAAUGGUAUUGAAAUAUUUUCUGCUGAAGGUUAUCCAAUACCAAUUAAAAAAAUUACAGCAGAUCCACCCGAUAUAAAUAUUCUACCUGAAUAUGGUAAUGAUCCACGUGUAGUAAAAAAUUUAAUUGAUGGAGUAAAUAAAACUCGAGAUGAUAUUCAUAUGUGGCUUGCACCAUUUACAACUGGUAAAAAUCAUUUUGUUUAUAUUACAUUUGAACAUCCAACUAGAAUUGCAAUGAUUAGAAUAUGGAAUUAUAAUAAAAAUCGUAUUCAUUCAGCACGUGGUGCAAAAGAUGUAGAGAUUUCACUUAAUGGUCGUAUAAUAUUCAAAGGAGAAAUUACUCAAGCUUGUGGAAAUAUAACUGCUACAAAUGAUCUAUCAGGUUAUGGAGAAACUAUUUUAUUUACUACUGACGAUCGAAUUCUUGAAAAAAUAUCAACUAAUGAUGAAAUGUAUGUUGAUCAAGAAACUGUUCAAGAUGAUGAUGAGAAUAUGAAAAUAGGCACUAAUCAAUCAAUCAUGGACGGAACUGAUGUUCGACCAAUGACACGUGCUACAUUACGACGACCCUUUACAGCUAUUCGUUCAUCAGGUUCAAAUCAAGUAGCAGAAUUUUAUGGAAGAAAAUUGAUUUUAACUGUAACAGAAACAUGGGGUUAUGAUGAUUAUUGUGGUUUAACAGGUAUUGAAGUAGUAGAUGUUAAUGAUGCUGAUUGUGUUAUUCAAUCAUUUGAUGCUCGUCCUCGUGAUAUAACUCUAAUUCCAGAAUAUGCUAAUGAUGUUCAAACACUUGAUAAAUUAUUCGAUGGUGAAAAUGUUACUUGUGAUGAAAAUCAUAUGUGGUUAUGUCCAUUUAAUAAAAAAGAUAGAGUACGUAUUAUAAUAACAUUAAGUGUAUCAAAAAAAUUACAUGGUUUACGUAUAUGGAAUUAUAAUAGAUCAUCAGAUGAAACUUAUCGAGGAAUUAAACGACUUCAUGUACAAUUAAAUGAUAAAAUUAUUUCACCAAGACAAGGUUUUUUAUUAAGACGUGCACCUGGUCAUUGUUAUUUUGAUUUUGUACAAGAAAUUGUUUUUGCUUAUGGAAGAACAAUGAUAGAAGAAGAACAUAAACGACAACAAAACAAACAAAUAUCAACUUCUAAUCGUGAUGGUGUUUCAGAUAUAUCAAUGCCAAAUGGAUUUAUUUAUGAAUUUCAACUUCAUUCAACACAUGGUGAUACUUAUUAUAUUGGAUUGAAUGGUUUAGAAUUUUAUGAUGAAAAUGGUGAACAAAUUGGUUUAGCUGAACAAAAUAUUGCUGCUUGUCCACAGAGUGUAAAUACACUUAAUCUAGGUACGGAUGAUGAUGUUCGUACACCAGAUAAAUUAAUUGAUGGUGAAAAUAAUGAUAUUGAUGGUACACAUUCAUGGAUUGCACCUAUUUUACCAUAUGUGAUCAAUCGAGUUUUUGUUAUAUUCGAUCGACCAACAUCUGUAUCAAUGAUAAAAAUAUGGAAUUAUACUAAAACACCUAAUCGUGGUGUAAGAGAAUUUUCUUUACUUGUUGAUGAUUUACUUGUUUGGACGGGUAUAUUAGAUAAAAUGAAUGAAAAUGAUGGUGAUAAACGUAAACAAAAAGUACCAUUUAAUACAAUUCUAUUUUCUGAUGAAACAAUUCUUACUGAUCAUGAAAAACAAACAGUUUUGGAAAAUAAAAGUUCAUCUGAUACUAUGACCGGUCAAAUAUCAAGUCAAAAUCAAUCUGUUGAUUACUCCAAACGACCAACGACAUCAGUUCCACGAAUGCAGAAAAAACGCUAA